GCAUCCAUUCUAAAAAAUGCAAGGCAACAAUUUCUUAAAGUACCCCAUUCUGAUGUCCAAAGCCACGGGCCAAUGGCAGUUCGAGCACACCUCCGCUCUCGUAUCAAUUUACAACAAAUUCUCCGACUUUCUUCUGAUAAUCUUCAUCUUUUGCACGCACUACAUCGUCCUGGCGCUGCCUUUCUACUACAAAUGCGAAAAGGCCUUGAUCGAGAUCAUUUUCUACUACGUGCACUUCAUCAUAGCCAUCGUCUUGACCGUGCUGCUGAAGUCCAAGAGCAUCAGGUCCUUUCUGAGAUGGAUCAUUCGGUACGAAAAAUCCACGCGAUUCGAGCACCAGCAGGAAAUCGAAAUUUACCAGUACUAUUGCAAGAUGAAUAAUAAUAUCACCGUGUUUUUCGUUAUCGUUAUUAAUAUCGUUUCCUGGAUGUGGUACGCGCUUAAUAAAAGGGUCUCUCCCUCCGAAGAGCUGGGUCCCCAUUGCCCGGACAUCAGGGGCUACGUCUUCAAGAUCUGGUACCCAUUCGAGAUCGAAGAUUUUCCCUGGAUAUGCGCCACCUUCGAUUUCGUCACCGUCUUCUGCGGAAUGAUGCUGUUUUGCUACUACAAAAUCAUGCCGAUGUCGCUGAUCAUAUUCCUGAUGUGCCAGCUGAACUUGCUGAAGUUCAGGAUCAGGAGCUUCGACGAGACGAAGGAUCGGAACGGGCUGGCGAGAUCUGAGCGGCUGGCCGGGAUUUUCAGGAUGCAUCAGCUUUGCAUCAGGUUGAUGAAUUGGAUACAGUAUUCGUUGAAGGAGAUAAUUUUGAUACAGUAUUGCAGUUACGUGUUGGACACGGCUGCUUUUAUGAUACAGUUGUUGACGGAGGAGACUAUGAGAGGGAAAAUGCCUUGUUUCGCGGGUUUUAUGAUGACGGUGAUACAAAUGUACAUAUUCUUUUGGUUCGCCAACGAAAUUCAGGAAGAAAGUAAAACAUUAUCGGAUGUAAUUUACAAUGAGAUAAAUUGGAUAGACGCCUGUAAAAGCGAGAAGAAGAUGCUGAUGUUGAUGAUGAUGAGAUCGCAGCAAAUGCUGACCCUCAAAGUAGCUGCUAUAGGUGAUUUGUCCCUGAAUUCCUUUACGAAGAUAAUGCGUUUGUGCUACUCAGUAGUAACUUUCUUCACGACAGUAUACGACAAGUAAGUUAAGAUUUAAUGGAUUAAAUUAAAUUAUCACACGUAAUUAUUGCAAUAAACAUGUAGUUCAA